AUGGAUCAGUCAACACCUUACUAUAACCCAUUUCCUCAGACUUCAAACUCAACUAGGAAGGGACGGAGUGGUUAUGAGCCAUCGGACACAGAGACUGAAUGGCAGGAGAUUCCACGCCACGAACGAGAAAGAAGAAACUUAACGUUAGAAGAAACUAAAGCACGCACUCUAAUGAACAAAAGCCCCAUGGCACUACACAGGAGGCACCCUUCGAGGAUUGAACAUGAAACAUCAUCGGCUUCAACAAAUCCAGUUCCACGGAGAAGACACAAUAGCAAAUCACCCUAUAAGCUGCGCGUACCAGAAGAUGUUGCUGCUUCAUCAUCCCCCAUAACUGGUUUGAAUAAUCGCAGAAAUGUCAGUCCUUUGCCGAGACCUGAACUUGGAAGAAACGUGUCUCCUUUCAGAGAGCAAAGAACUGAGAAGCCGCACUACAAGAGAUCAGUGACUGCUCCGAGAUUGAGGAUUCAAGAGAGCAACCCUGGAGGCAGAAUCAAUGACAUGGUUCUGAAACAAAGAGAAGUUUCUCCUUUCAAAGCGCCUUUGGUUGGAGAAAUCAACGACAUGAUAGCACAGGUGAAGCUAUCUAAAGACUCCACUAGUGAUUAUUCGUCAGUGCUUGAAAGCACUGAUUCCAUUAAACCGGGUGACCUUUUCUUUUCUCGUGAAUGCAAUGCCUUCCAAGGGGGGAAUUCUUCGUUGCCAAAACGCAUCCAACAGUGUGAGUAUUUCAGUCCAAGGCCUACGGUGAACUCCACGAGAACCCCAUCUGAGGGUAAAGGAAAUAAUGGUGAUCUUAACAUGAAUAUGAAUAUCUUGUCCCGAUCAACCACGGGUUUGAGCUCUGCUGCUACGAGUAGAAAGGGCAGUGGCACUGGGAAGCCAAGUAGUGUAACAAGCGAAGGUAGUGGAAAAACAACUGCAAGCAUGAGGAAAUUCACAGCCAACAGAAAAAAGAACCAGAAAGAUACAUGGUUUUCUUGCAUGAGAACAGGCAACUGUAGAACCUCUAGAAAAUCGCCUGAACGUCGACCCAUUGACGAAACUUCUUUCAUUGAGAGAGCAGUGGUAGUGGAAAGCCUUCCACAGUUCUUGGCAGAUAAACACCAACCUGCUUCAUUUAAUGGCUUCAUUUGCAACAGACAAGAAGCUCAGCUUCUCAAGGAUUUGGUGUCUCAUGGGUCUUGUCCUCAUAUUUUGCUGAAAGGACCCCCUGGUUCCGGGAAAAGAGAACUAGCAAUGGCUCUUCUUCGAGAAAUAUAUGGUGAUGCAUGUUGUAAUCUGUCUCAUGAUUUAAGACACUUCCCUAUUCAGGACCAAAGGCUUAAGAAAGUAUUUGUCCCAAUAACAUCCAGUCCUCAUCACAUGGAACUAGAUGUAAAUUCAGAACCAAAUGCUAAAUAUGCUUUAAUGGGAUUAAUCAAAGAAAUUAGCAAUAUAUAUGCGAUUGCCCCUGAAGUCAGCAAUAUUAAUUUCAAGUCAGAUUUUAAAGUAAUAGUUCUUUACGAGGUCGACAAAGCAGUAGAUAAUAUCCAGCACAUUGUCAAAUGGAUCAUAGACCGCUAUUCUGAUAUAUGCAAAUUAGUAAUCUGCUGUGAAGAUGAUGCAGACAUUAUUGAACCUGUCAAAAACCGGUUCAAAAUUAUCCCAGUUGAUCUUCCUCAAAUUCAUGAAAUUGUUGAGGUUCUUACGCAGAUAGCAAAGAUUGAGAACAUAGAUUUGUCCAUGAACUUUGCUGCAAAAAUUGCUACAAAAUCUAAGCAGAACCUCAGAAAAGCAAUCAUGGCUCUUGAAGCGUGCAAAGCACACAACUAUCCAUUUUCAGAAGAACAACCGAUUUCAGUGCCGAAAUUGAUUCUCCAGAAACUCGUAGAACACCUCCUUAAAAGAAUUGACGCCAGCUUAAAAAGGGAGCUAUACUACUGGCAUGCUUAUUAUGAGAGAAGACUCCCACCAGGAAUAACAGCUUUAAUAAAGUUAGAAGAAUUUGUGGCCAAGUUCAUGAGCACAUACAGAAAAAGCUCUGGCAGUAGGCAAUAUGUGUAG